CUUACCAGAGACCACAUCCGUAUAUUGGACAUCAUUCCCUACGGACCUGACGGUACAGCAGACGACCCUCUCCGUUGUGAAUAUCAUAUCGUCGCGCUCUCCGAAAAUCCCACAUAUGAGACCUUGUCUUACAGAUGGGGAGACGCCGACAACAAGAUCCAGAUCGAGGUGCGCGGCCAGCAAAUCCCCGUCACGAGAAACUUAUACCGUGCGUUACUCCGGCUACGGCGUCCAGACCAGACAAGGUCCAUAUGGAUCGACCAGCUCUGCAUCAACCAGGAAGACAACAUAGAGAAGACGGCACAGGUGCGGUUUAUGCGACAGAUUUACUCCCAAUGCACGCAGUGCAACGUCUGGCUGGAUGAG